CUAUCGAUAAGCCAGAGGCAUCGAUUUGCUCACAUUUCUUGGGUGUUUUAGCGUGAAAAAAACGCCUAAAUAAACGAAUCGGCAGCGUGUCAGGCCAGAAAGUGCAACAAACGGAUCGCAGUUCGCGACGCAGUCGAGGAUUGGAACAGAAGACGCCGUCGAAGGUGCCGAAAAACGUCCCAGCAACCGCCAGCCGUCGCAGCGGAGUGUUUACUGGGCGAGGGGUGCAGUGGAUGAGCUGUGUGGGCGCGUGCGUGUGUAUGUGUGCGCCAGUGAGUGGGGCAGAGGCAGCGGCAGAGGAGCAGCGGCGGAUGUAGCUCGUUGCCCGGACCCCGUAGUGGAUACCACGAAAAGCUAGCGCAAACGUAGGCAGUCCAACAAAGAAAAUAAACACUGGAAACCGAAGACGACGAGGCCUUCUGGAACUGGAACAGCACUGCUCAACAGCCGCAGCCGCGUCGGUGACCGCACCCUAAUGUCAAAUAGCCAAGCGAAUGCCGGCAUCAGCGGUAGCACGGUAGCGGAUGAACCCAUCCAGCACCACCCUUCCUUGGCGGCCGGCCCCGUAAGUGCAUCCUGCCCAGCAGCGACCCCGCCGUCGCAGUCGACGCAGCAGCCCCCGCCGCACAUAGUUAGUGCCUCAACAGCUGAUGCGGGCAGCAGCGCUGCGGUCGGCGUCGGCGUCGUAGCUGGCAGCGAGGGCGUCAAUCUGGACUCGUCGCCACGCGAGUCCGGGGACGAUUCGGAGGAUGAGAGCGAGAUUUUGGAGGAGUCGCCAUGUGGACGCUGGCUGAAGCGACGCGAGGAGGUGGAUCAGCGUGACGUACCCGGUAUUGACUGCGUCCAUCUGGCCAUGGACACCGAGGAGGGCGUAGAGGUCGUGUGGAAUGAGGUGCAAUAUGCCAGCCUACAGGAGCUGAAGUCGCAGGAGGAGAAGAUGCGGCAGGUGUUCGACAAUCUGCUGCAGCUGGACCACCAAAACAUUGUCAAGUUCCACCGCUACUGGACGGACACGCAGCAGGCCGAGCGACCCAGGGUGGUCUUUAUCACCGAGUACAUGUCGAGCGGAUCGCUGAAACAGUUCCUCAAGCGCACCAAGCGCAACGCCAAGCGGCUACCGCUGGAGUCGUGGCGCCGGUGGUGCACUCAGAUUUUGUCCGCACUCAGCUAUUUGCAUUCCUGCUCGCCGCCCAUCAUCCACGGCAAUUUAACCUGUGAUAGCAUCUUCAUCCAGCACAACGGCCUGGUCAAGAUCGGCUCGGUGGUCCCGGACGCGGUCCACUACAGCGUCCGGCGCGGCCGAGAGCGGGAGCGUGAACGCGAACGAGGCGCCCACUACUUCCAGGCGCCCGAGUACGGCGCCGCCGACCAGUUGACCGCCGCCCUCGACAUCUACGCCUUCGGGAUGUGUGCCCUGGAGAUGGCCGCCCUGGAAAUCCAGCCCAGUAACAGCGAGUCAACUGCCAUCAACGAGGAGACCAUCCAGCGCACAAUCUUUAGCCUGGAAAACGAUCUGCAGCGCGACCUGAUACGAAAGUGUCUCAACCCGCAGCCGCAGGACCGACCCAGCGCCAAUGAUCUGCUCUUUCACCCAUUGCUUUUCGAGGUGCACUCCCUCAAACUGCUGACUGCCCAUUGCCUGGUCUUCUCGCCCGCCAACCGCACUAUGUUCUCGGAAACCGCCUUCGACGGCCUCAUGCAGCGAUACUACCAGCCGGACGUGGUUAUGGCCCAGCUGCGGCUGGCCGGCGGCCAGGAGCGGCAGUACCGACUCGCAGACGUUUCAGGCGCCGAUAAGCUGGAAAAGUUCGUCGAGGACGUGAAGUAUGGUGUGUAUCCGCUAAUUACGUACAGCGGCAAGAAGCCGCCCAACUUCCGUUCCCGGGCCGCCUCCCCGGAACGGGCUGACUCCGUAAAAUCGGCCACGCCGGAGCCUGUGGACACGGAGUCGCGGCGCAUCGUUAACAUGAUGUGCAGCGUUAAAAUCAAAGAGGAUAGCAAUGACAUAACCAUGACAAUACUGCUGCGCAUGGACGACAAGAUGAACCGCCAACUGACAUGCCAGGUGAACGAGAACGAUACGGCGGCGGAUCUCACCAGCGAACUGGUGCGCCUCGGUUUCGUCCACCUCGACGACCAGGACAAGAUCCAGGUGCUGCUGGAGGAAACGCUUAAAGCGGGCGUUAUGAGCGACGGUGCCGGGGCAGAGAGCUCCGGUGCGGGGGUGACGACCACGGCGACCAUGGCGGCCUUGGAGCAGCUGGAGCGCAACUGGUCGAUAUCCUCGGAUGCAGACAAGCAGGGCACUGCCGUGAUGUAUGUACCGCAGGAGCAGCAGAACGCGGACGGGGACGUCGACGUAGAACACUCGGGCACGACGAGCAAUUGAAAGUAUCAGCUUAGUAUUCAGGGCAUGCCGGCGCGUAUUGUUUUUAUUAUAUUGGGAAAUUACACAUUACGAUUUUAUUAAUACUAUUAUUUGUUAUUUUUAUAUAUAUACCUAUAUAUAUGUGUAUAUGUAUGUAUGUAUUUGAAAUAAUAUUUAUGUAUGUAUGUAUCAUAAACGAUGUUGAACCAGGCUUCCAGGCUAAAGAUUUCGAUGACGUGGGACACGCGGCAGACAAAGGUGGGUCGCCUCUCGCGAGCACGAUGAACAUUCAAAAUCGCAGGAACACUUAGCGACAUGUCUUAGAGAAACUAUAAGUACAGUAUAAUUCGCUUAGCUGCAUCGAUAGUUAGCUGCAUCGGCAAGAUAUCUGCAUUAUUUUUCCAUUUUUUUGUGUGAAUAGAAAAUAGAAAAUAGAAAAAAAAAAAUUAAGUUAGCUGCAUUUUUAAGUUACCUGCAUCGAGGCAUUGUGCAAAGUACUCGAGGCAGCUAAGCGAAUUAUACUGUAUAACAAUAAUUUAGCUCGAAAUCGUACGCGGAAAGUACCAAACAUGGUUCAAAACGAUUCGUUUGUUUCCAUGCCUGCUAAAAACAAUGUUAUUAGUCCUUUAGUUUCUUUGGUAAAUUUGCUAGGAAUUGUUUCGACUCAUGUCCCAAUUGAAACCUCGAUCCACUGCGACACCUCGACACAAACUUUUGAAAAAAGCUGCUAGCGAGCUUGACAAAAACCAAAGCAUUCGCUUAGCACAACUCUGAAACGAGCACGAAUGGAAUUCGCAGCUCCGACUAGCUGCGGCUAGACAAGAUUCGAAUACGAAAACCCAGACACAUUAGAUUUCGAUAAACGAACAUCUGGACGCCAAUGUAAGGAUCAUUUUUUCUAGGACAUUAUCAAAUUUCAUAAGCUAGCCAUGUCGCGAGAACAAACCCUAAAACCGCUGUGGAAUGUAUUUAAAUGUAUUACAAAUAUAAACAAAUACGCAAGGCCACGAAAAAUAAUAACUAAAUUAUUAAACUAAAAACUAUGAAAACACAAGCAGAGCAUGCAACAAAAAAAUACACAACAGACAUAGCUACACUACUAUUAAACAAAUAAAGAUGGCAACCAGCUGACUAAAUACAAAGUCUUUUUCUUUGUUUUCUAAGCUAGUCGAGUUAAAUUAGAAUAGGGGCAGAUAAUCAGAUUUUAGUUUUCUUUUGAUUUAUUAUUUUCUGAGAAUGUGCUAAAGCUAUAUUGAAAUUAAAUCCCGUAAGGUGACAAAAAGCCAUUUAAGACCCACGGACAUAUGAAUUACUCACCAUUUCAAAUUUGUUUUUACGAGGUGUACGGAUUAUGAGCGGAGUCACCCGGUGCUUCAGCUGUCUUAACAGCGGAUUAACAUUUUAUAUAU